AUGCCCGGUUCACUUGCCGAUUACCUGGCGAAAAACUACCUCAACGCCGACCCAGCCACAGAACGACCGAAGAAGAAGCGCAAGAAGACCAAAACCACCGAUGCCUCCAACGGCCUCAUCAUCGCCGACGAUGACCCUCCAGAUUUACGCAACAUGUCUACAAAGACCGGUGAUGACGACGAAUACAACCCAACCCUAGAUACCUCCUUCAAAUCAGCCGAAUUCCGCCGCACAAAGAAAUCGACCUGGACGAGCGUUGGCGGGCCCGCGCCCGGCGCGGAUAAUGACCAAGCCGCCGCCGACGCGAUUCUCGCAUCUGCAGCUGCAGAGCGGGCGGCACGGGAAUAUGAUGAUAAUGAGGAAGGGGCUACACUGGUUGAAGAGGAAGAUGAGGGCGGACCGAAGAUGGAGUCUGGAGUUCGCGGAGGUUUACAAACGGCAGCGCAGACGGCGGCGAUGGUAAAAGCGCAAGAGAAGAAGAAAAAGGUCGAGAUGGCUAAAUACCAAGACCCCGCUGCUGCAGAUUCAGGCUCACAGGAAACGAUCUAUCGUGAUGCCUCGGGGCGAAUUAUCAAUGUUGCCAUGAAACGUGCGGAGGCGAGGAGGGCGGAGGAAGAGAAGAAGCAGAAAGACGCGGAGGAACGCGAGGCAGCUAUGGGUGAUGUCCAACGACAACAAAAGGAGACUCGGAAGCAGGAGCUUGAGGAGAUCAAGUCUAUGCCUGUUGCGAGGACGAUUGAUGAUGAGGCUCUCAAUGAUGAUCUCCGGUCGCAAGCUCGCUGGAACGAUCCUGCUGCGGGCUUCUUGACAAAGAAGGCAGCGCCCGGUGCGAGUGUCACAGGGAGACCUUUAUAUCGGGGUGCAUUUCAACCGAAUCGGUAUGGGAUUCGGCCGGGACAUCGGUGGGAUGGGGUGGAUCGAGCGAAUGGGUUUGAGAAGGAUUGGUUUGCAUCGAGGAAUAAGCGGGAUCGCAUGGAGGCGUUGGAAUACCAGUGGCAGAUGGAUGAGUAG